AUUCAACCUUCAGCCAUCAUGCCUCCCAAGGGUUCCAAGAAGGCUGUCACCACCAAGGCUGCCACCAAGGCUGCUAAGCCCGCUGCCGAACCCGCUCCUACCACUCCCGAUGCUGAGUCUGGAGAUGAGAAUCAGGCUCCCUCAACUCCUGCUACCAAGACCAAGACUCCCAGAAAGAGAGGCACUCCCAAGGUUGCCAACAAGCUGGCCACUCCUGCUAGCGGUGCGGGCCCGGUUGAUGUCACUUACGAGAACGAUUCUGUUCUUGCUACUCCUCUGCCCAAGGCCAAGGGAGGCGGCUUCGGUCAGACUGUGAAGCUCUCUGCUGCUCAACCCUUCGAGCUCGUCGCUUCCUACAUGCUCGACAAUGGCUGCCAGGCUAUCAUCAUCAAGCCAGCUGCCCCGUUCCAGUUCAUGAAGCUGCCCAAGGACAUCCGCGGCAGAAUCCUGAGAUACAACCUGGCACCCAAGAACGCAGAUGGCGUUCUGCUCAACAAGAUCGACAUCGUCGAGAAGUCCGGCGCCAUCAAGGCUAAGGACUACGCCAAGGAAUUCAAACACAGACUUGCUAUCACUAUUCUCAACAAGGAAAGCGCCGCCGAAGCUCGCCAAAUUCUUUACGGCUUCAGACUCAAGUUCGACAACACCAUGAGCCUCCUUCAAUUCAUGAGCAGUGCUGGUGACGAAGUCCGCAAGGCCAUGUGUCGCGUCACUAUUGGAAACUGGGUCAAGGGAACCGCCAUGGCCUCCAUGACGAUGCUCAUGGACUGCACCAACCUCACUUCGGUCGUCAUCCUCGCCGGCGUUGGCACCAACAGCAAGCCCGACAAGGCCGCCAAGGUCUUCUUCGCUGAAGCUGGCCGCUUCAUUCAGAAUCUCGUCACUGCCAACGGAGGCAGAAAGGAAGUUGUCUUUGAGAUCAUCACCUUCGGAAAGCACUGCUUCUCAAUCAAGGACGAGGACGAGCUCGAGGAUUGGGACGAUGAUCAGGUCAACAUCUUCACCAGUGAGGUCAACGCAAAGCUCAAUGCUAUUGAUCUGCCUACUUGGGCUUGCAUGUGUGGUUCGCAGGAGCGCGGCCAUAGUUGUGGCGAGGUGAUUGCUCUCCGCGCUCGCAUUGAGGCUCUUCGUCCUCUUCCUCGUGCUCUUCCGUACCUCCACAAGCGUGUAGUUGCUCUGGCUAUGAUGGGUUGAGCACCGAUACUCCGAAUAUCAAGAG